CCCAUACAGAGCACAACGCAUUGGAUCUGUGUACUUAACCAUGCUACUAGCUGCUAGUAAGAUACUGGUACAGGGAACUAUUCAGAGCUGAUCUGUUCUUCGUUGCAUCAAAGGAGGCUGCAGUGAAGUAUCUCCGCGGACCUGCUUGAGAUUGGCAAGAUGACGAUUUGUGGCGGAUAUCGGAGGGUAUCUCUCUCCUUCCUCUUUCUUGCCCUUGUAUCCAGUGCCCUUGCACAAGGUGAACAUCGUGGUGCCAGUGCCUAUGCGCAGUAUCUAGAAGAUCACCCAGAAGUGCAACGGACUAGCGAGCCGGAACUGGACUGCAGUACUCCAAGACCCAACAAGAAACAAAUCUUGCAAGUCGAACAUGACCUUCAAAAAUGGAAAAAGGAACACGGCGAAAUGCAACCCGAAAACUUGAUCAUUGUUCAAACCGUGUGGCACAAUAUUCAACUAGAUAAUGGUGAAGGAGGAGUCACCACGGAAGAGAUCACGGCAACUAUGCAAUACUUGAACGAACAAUUUGCUCCCGCUGGAUUCACGUUCAAUUUGGAUGAUACUACCACAAGCCAGAAUUCCAGCUGGUACUUUCAUGAAAUUUUCACCGCGGAAGAGUUCGAGAUGAAAGAGGAAUUGAAAGUUGAGGGGGAUGGUCUCGUAGACCAGUAUGCCGUUCUGAACAUUUACUCUACGGGAUACUUUGUGGCAACCGGAUCGUACGGCUAUUCAUAUCACCCUUUUGUACUUGAAACGUUCCCUGAGACCGAUGGCGUGGUGAUUGAUGGUGAAACUGUAGUAGGAGGGGUUAUUAUUGGAAGAAAUGGAACUAAUCUUGUGCAUAUGGUUGGCCAUUGGUUGGGUUUGUAUGAAGUCUUUGACGAGGUUGGAAAUGAAUGCGCUGGAUUUGGUGACUAUAUUCCGGAUACCCCUCCGCAAGCGGAGGCGACUACUCUGGCUGAUGGUUGUCCUCUUGGCAAAGACACCUGUCCCGGUGAUGGGCUAGAUUCGGUCAAGAACUUCAUGGACUUUUCUAGCUGUCGAGAAGAAUUCACUCCGUUUCAAAUCGCCAGGAUGAUCUUUAUUUGGAAUUUAUAUCGUUGCCCUAAUUGUUUUGAUUCAACGCUGCCGCCAUUGCCGCCAGUAACCGCUCCCACGCUGCCGCCUACACCUACAUGUCCACCCGGUUCUUCUUCCUUCUUGCUGGACUUGAAAACAGACCAGUAUGGGGAGGAAUCAACUUGGGAUAUUGAAAAUACUUGCACUGGCUCGACGGUUCGGAGCGGCGGGCCUUACGGUGAUCUACUGCAGUAUUUUGAGAGUGGAUGCCUCCCAGACGACCAAGUUUACGUGUUUACUUUCUACGAUGAUUUCGACGACGGUAUCUGUUGCUUUUACGGGGAAGGAGCCUUUGGUUUCUACUACAAUGACGAAUUGGCACUUCAAGGAGCUAUAUUCGAAGAUCAAGAGAGUGUUUUCUUUGGAGCAGACUUCUGUCCGUCGGGGGCCCCGAUAACCAUGGCACCAGUUGCGCCAACACCUCCUACAGAUCCACCAACACUACCUCCUUUUGCCAGCUGUCCAUCUGGAGAAACUUUGUUUGUUUUGGAUCUUCUAACCGACGAAUUCGGAGAUGAGACCACAUGGGAUAUCAUCAACACUUGUACUUCAAGUGUUGUGGCAGCUGGUGGUCCCUAUGACAAUUUGGUACAGAUCUUUGAGACCAGAUGUCUCACGAGCGGCUUUGCGUAUGAGUUCACAAUUUAUGACGAUCCUUUCGGCGAUGGAAUUUGUUGCGAAUAUGGAGACGGAGCAUACAACCUCUACUACGGCGGGGAGAAUGUUGGUUCCGGAGGAGUCUUUGAAUUCUUUGAGACCACACCCUUCGGUGCCGGUAGCUGCGCACCCAGUGCCCCCGUACCAGCACCGACCGUGGCACCACCAACUAAUCUUUGUCCCUCAGGUACCAGUGCUUUCAAUCUGGAGUUGUUCUCAGAUUUCUAUGGUUACGAGAACACUUGGCAAGUGCAAGACACCUGCAACGGAGUCAUUAUGCUUUCCGGUGGCAAUGACCCAGAGUUUGAUUCCAACACCGAAUACUUCGCAGCAGGAUGUCUUGAUAGUUCUCGGCAGUACACGUUCACGAUCUUCGAUUCCUUUGGCGAUGGAAUGUGCUGUGACUAUGGCUUCGGAUAUUGGGAAGUCUACUACGAGGGGGAGUCGGUUGGCGACGGGGACAUUUUUGAGUCUGAGGAUACAGCCGAUUUUGGCGCUCCUUUUUGCCCUUCAAGCCCCACAACACCUCCGCCUACGCCUGCUCCAACACUGCCGAUCUUUCCAGCCUGCGCGCCUGGAAGUGAUCAGUUCGUUUUGGACCUAGUGACGGACCACUAUGGGAUUGAAACCACCUGGAAGCUGGAAAGAACUGAUUCCGGAGAGGUUGUACUUGACAGUGGAGGCACCAUUGGAGGAGAAGGACCGUACGCAUCAAAUUCUCAGUUCUUUGUCGAUACUUGUCUUGAAGAUCGCUAUGAGUACACGUUUACAAUCUAUGACUACUUUGGUGAAGGGAUCUGCUGUCAAGAGGGUACGGGAUCUUAUACCGUCUACUUAAACGGCCUGCGAGCAUUCGAGGGAGGAGAGUUCGAGUUUGUUCAGAGCAACACCUUUGGUAGCGUUCGAAAUGACGUUUGCUUUUCGGAAGUUGCAACAGUUCCGGUUCAAAGGAGAGGUCCUACCAGGAUGACGGAACUGACCAUUGGUGAUAGCGUGUUUACCGCCGACGGAUACCACCACCUUUACGCUUUUGCACACCAAGACAAUCAGACCUCAUCAGAGUUUCUCCAGAUUCACACCAAAGAGUUCCCCAACCGACCCCUUGAGGUGACGAGACAGCACUUACUAUUUUUGCAUGCCACAAGCCGUGCUGUUCCCGCUGAAUCGAUCCAACCCGGAGACGUCCUUCAGAGCAGUCAUGAUGGGCAAGAUGGGGUCAUGGUCAAGCGGAUCACACGCAUCCAUCGGAAGGGAAUUUACGCGCCUCUGACAACUUCCGGCACGGUGGUUGUGGACGGCAUUGUUUCUUCCUGUUAUGCAUCACUGCAAAGGCAUGCUGGAGAGUUUGUUGAACUCCGAGGAGGCAUCAAAACUGCCUUAACCCAGCACUUUGUUGCACAUAUGGCAAUGUCACCAGUUCGUAUGGCCUGCAUUGGUAUCUCGGAAAGAUUAUGCAGCACUUACGACAAGGAUGGCCUGGCCGUCUUCGCCAAGCUUGGUUUCGCCAUAGCCGAGUUUGCAGAAAAGAAGCCUCUUCUCGUCCAAAUCAUCCUACUGGUCGUGUUCUUGGUUUUGUUCGGCUCCCUUUUUGCGCUGGAACUGAUCUUUGGACCCAAGAUGUCUUUGGUAAUCCUAAUACUGGGAUUCUUGGCUGCAGUUGCGCACCGAGGGCGCAUGUACUGCCGCGGAAACUGCUUGCGAAAGCAAAAAAGCGACUAGUAAGGACAACUGAUCCCAUCGCACUAGGGGCUAAACCAUCUUCUUCUUUCACAUUGCUCUGAAUAACGACACUCAUCCUGGCUGCAUCAGGAGCUCCGUAACACGUCACUAUUGUCUCGCUUGCAAGGUCCUUUACUUAAAAUUCUUGUUGUCGAUAAUUGAUGUCUCUACUAGUAGUCCAUCUUUUCGUAAGGCCUAU